GUUUCGCGGCGCAUGCGUGGUUGUCGACGGCGACGGCGGCCAUCAUGGCGGUGUGUGGCGCGGCGGCGGCUGAAACGGCCGAAGUCGGAAGGCGCUGGUAUUUCACUCGGGAGCAACUGGCGCGGAGCCCUUCCCGCCGCGCGGGCCUUGACCCGGACAAGGAGCUUUCCUACCGGCAGCAAGCGGCCAACCUGCUCCAGGACAUGGGCCAGCGCCUCAAUGUUUCCCAGCUGACUAUUAACACAGCUAUUGUCUAUAUGCAUCGAUUCUACAUGGUUCAGUCUUUUACCCAGUUUCAUCGGAAUUCUGUAGCACCAGCUGCCCUUUUCCUGGCAGCUAAGGUGGAAGAACAGCCUCGAAAACUGGAGCAUGUCAUCAAGGUUGCCCAUGCCUGUCUUCAUCACCAAGAGGCUCUUCCUGAUACACGGAGUGAGGCUUACCUGCAACAAGCCCAAGACCUGGUCAUUCUAGAGAGCAUAAUACUGCAGACCCUGGGAUUUGAGAUCACCAUAGAUCACCCCCAUACUCAUGUUGUGAAGUGUACACAGCUAGUUAGAGCCAGCAAGGAUCUGGCACAGACUUCUUACUUCAUGGCUACUAACAGCCUUCACCUAACCACCUUCAGCCUGCAGUACACCCCUCCCGUUGUGGCCUGCGUCUGCAUCCACUUGGCCUGUAAGUGGUCCAACUGGGAGAUCCCAGUCUCCACGGACGGGAAGCACUGGUGGGAAUACGUUGAUGGCACUGUAACUCUGGAACUCUUGGAUGAGUUAACUCAUGAAUUCCUACAAAUCCUUGAGAAAACUCCUAAUCGGCUGAAACGCAUCAGGAAUUGGCGGGCCUGCCAAGCAGCUAAGAAAUCCAAGACGGAUGAACAAGGUGAUGACGACUGCCUUUCGGAACAGACCAUUCUUAACAUGAUCUCCAGAAGUGCAUCAGACAUGACCAUUGCAGGUCUGAUGAGUAUGUCUACUUCCUCAACAUCCGGAGCCAUGACUUCAUUGUCAGCCACAAGUGGGGAUUCUCCAGGAGAGCUGGGGAGCACGGAUGCAAUGUCGGCAGAAAGCUGGAUAGCCCCACAUGUAGUACAUAAACUGGAAGUCAGCCAUAGAGCUAAUGAAAUUUCAGCCGGCACAGACCAUUCCCAUCAUGACAACAGCAGUGGCUCUUUCUCUAAGCAGAAUAUUAAAAGUGUGCCACUAGCAAAAGUGUCAUUAAAGGAGUAUCGUGCCAAACAUGCUGAAGAGCUUGCUGCACAGAAACGCCAGCUGGAAAACAUGGAGGCUAAUGUGCGCUCCCAGUAUGCAUAUGCUGCUCAGAACUUGCUUGUGCAGCAGCAACGGGAAAGAGAUGUGCAGCAAGAAAAUAACCCAUCCCCAAUCAUUCUAAAAAUCCCUUUGGGCAGCAACUCGGACGGCUCUGAACGGCCCUCUGCUGAAAAGGCUGACAAACCCUCACCGGCCCUCAAAGUGCGGUUGCCUGCACCUGUAGAUAAGCCUGCUGUUUCUUCCUCCAAGCCAGAGGAAAUAAAAAUGCGCAUCAAGGUGCCGACUCCCUUGGAUCGUCAUAGCUCCUCGGACGAAAGCAGUGGCAAGAACCGGGGAGAACACAAGGAGAAACAUAAGCUUCACUCCUCUAACCACCACCACCAUCAUAAUCAUCAUUCCCACAAACAUUCACAUGUGCAAGCUGUUGCCAGUACUAAGCGGCCAGGAGACUCCAAGCAUGGUAACCAAAGUGGCAUUGCAUCCCAUAAAGUGAGUUAUGUUCCCACUUGUUCUUCUCGCAAGAGACCCCUUCCUGAGGACACCUCAGCUGCGGCACAUGAACCCCUGUUGAAAGUCAGUAAGAAUUCAAAAGGCCCGGCUGUGCCGUUUCCCUUCCCUCAGCAUGCCGGACACAGCUUGGAUACAACUGGUCUGCCUUUUUCCCAGGGCAGCAAAGCCAGAGGGGCUCAUGGAAAACUGGAUAAGAGCACUGCGGGAGCAAAUGGGCAUAAUAUGAACCAGGCCAUUGAUUACCAAGAUACAGUGAACAUGCUGCACUCGUUGCUCAGUGCGCAAGGCAUGCAACCCACCCAACCACCCUCCUUUGACUUUGUACAUUCAUAUGGUGAAUACUUGAACCCCAGAGCUGCUGCGAGUGGGGAUAAACCACGGCCGCCCCCCUUGCCCUCAGAACCUCCCCCUCCCCUACCGCCCCUCCCCAAGUGAUCACCAUGUUUAACUACUGAGGUUAGGCUGUCUUCUGCGGAGGGCUUGUUGCUCAUAGUGAUCUCUACUGCCUUGUGUGAAUGCCCCGAUCCCUCUUUUUAAAAUGUUUUUUAUUAUUGGUAUAAGAAUGUGGAGCCCUUUGAAGCUGUGAAAAGAUAUACUCCUUUUUCUCCAUGUGCUUCCCCCACCACCUCCAGUCGUGAUGGAAAGAGAUGAUGGGGAUUGUUUCCUGUCGUACUUGCUCUCAUUUUUGGAGGCAUUCAGAGGUCAUGAAACAACUGAGGUGGCACAGGGCUAUUUAAAUUGUCAGUCUUUCUAAAGGACAUUUAAAAAUAAUAUAAAUUAAGUUAUAUGUUCUUAGUGUUGAUUUUAUUUUUCUAAAUUGGGACAAAGGAAGGGUUUGCAGCAGAAGCUGCAAUGGAGGUGGGGCUUUCCCUUAUAUGUGUUUUGUCCUAGUGGAAUUUACUUCCCUACGAAUGGAGGUAAUGCAGGUUUGAAAAGAAAAAAGGUGUGAAAACCUCUGAGAAAGCUUGAGUAUUGACCGUAAGUGCAAUGGUAGGGUAGGGGGUGGAGCUAUCCAGUUUCUCCCUGCCUUGGCUCUGACUGUUCACCAGCGGAUGAGUAGAGACAAAUGCAGGCAUGUAUUUCCAAAAAGCUUUGGAAAUAAUAAAACAGUGUGUGGCUAGUUUUUUUCAGCCCUCCCUGCUGAGCAGGGAGGAUGGAGGAACAUAGUUUUCUUUAAUCUUCAACUUCCCUCCUUGACCACACUGCUUCCAUUGGGGUGUCCUGUUGUGCCUGUCACCUAAUACAGUCAUGUGAGGAUUAAUGUUUGCCUAGCGUAGGCACUAAAGUUCUGAUAUGAUUGUGAUAAAGGUGGACAGGACUUCGUGAUCCUGUGGGAAUUUUUGAGUGUGCCUUUAAAAAGAAGGGUCGCUGCAGCAACCUGUCUGGGAAAGGUAGAUAUUUGGGAGGAAGAGGCACAGGAAGGGAGGUGUAAUGCCUAUGUGAAUGUUAGAACAGUAAUCGUGAUUCUGGGAUGCUUUAAAUUGUAUUUAAACUGCAUUAUGGGAUAUGAGAUUUUCAUAUUGCUAGAAUGGAAAAAAACCUUUAAAGUUGAUGUUCAGGCAGCAAGAAACAGAAUCAGACAUUUGGAUUCAAGCUUACAGAACUGAAAGGGUCGGAUAAAAUCUAGAUGAAUUCAUGGAAACUGAUCUGUGUUCUUUUUUAAAGAUACUUACCAACAGUACAAAACUGGCCAGCUUGAGCAUGCCCUGAAUUGGUUUGAUUCCUAGUAAGGAACACGUGGGAAUUGACUCCCACUGACACUUACUGCAAAGAACUAUUCCAGUUUAAAGGUGUACAGGAAAAGGCAUAAGAGUUCAAGAUUAAAUGGGGCUAAUAUUUUAAAAGUGGCCAUUUGUGGUAUUUCUGUAGAUUACAUCAGAGUGUUUUUUUAUUGUAUGAGAUUCAUCCUUGAAUAAUGAUUGCAAUUGGACAGAACAUGGAGUUAGCACUGUUAACUUUGCUCUUCUUUGAGUAUAUAAACUCUGGUUCAGCAAAGUAGUUCAUCGUAUUCCCAUUGCUCUAAAGAAAUGUUGAAAUUGAAAGUUGAGAAAUGGUUUGAUGUAAUAGACAAUUGGGUUUUUUUCUGGGCUGAAAUGGGAUACCUUGACUAACACAUAUCAAUAGAAUUCUGGUGUCUACAAUGGCAAGUAAAAUUGAGAACAUACUGGUCUGCAGUCUCACAUGAGUAAUUGCUGCAGAGGAUGCAUCAUGUUUAGAUCAAGAAAAGACACUCAUCUGUGGGUAUCUGUUUGGUUUUUAUUGGAGUGUUUUCUUUGAAUUUGGAACAGUGAUUAUUUUUCCAUCACAUCUAGAUUUCUAAAGCAGUGGUAUCUCACCUAUUGAUGGUUGCAAACUUUGGACCUAGUUUCACGUAAUCUUUCAGAAACUGUUUCUAAUUCCCAGCUCAUAUUAUUACUAUUCUAAGUUUCAAUAAAUGUACUGUCUCCAGA